UCGCCUCCUUCCCGCCUUUCGUUAGUUAGACGGCCCCAGCAUGUCCAUCCACUUAAGCUCCCAAGUCUUCAGUUCGCGCUCCGCUGCUUUUCCAGGGCGCGGCGCCCAGGUGCGCCUGAGCUCGGCGCGCCCCCUUGGCUUCAGCAGCAGAAGCCUCUACAGCCUGGGCGCCUCGCGGCCGCAUGUGCCCCUGCGCCCCGCUUCCGGGGGCCCGGUGGGCGCCGGCAUCCGCGAGGUCACUAUUAACCAAAGCCUGCUGGCUCCGCUGCGGGUGGACAUCGACCCCUCGAUCCAGCAGGUGCGCCAGGAGGAGCGCGAGCAGAUCAAGACCCUCAAUAACAAGUUCGCCUCCUUCAUCGACAAGGUUCGGUUUCUGGAGCAGCAGAACAAGCUGCUGGAGACCAAGUGGGCACUGCUGCAGGAGCAGAAGUCGACCAAGAGCAGCUGCCUCCCGGGCAUCUUUGAGGCCCAGAUUGCUGCUCUGCGGAAGCAGCUUGACGCCCUGCAGAUGGAUGGGGGUCGCCUGGAGGUGGAGUUGCGGAGCAUGCAGGACAUUGUGGAAGACUUCAAGAAUAAGUAUGAGGAUGAAAUUAACCGUCGGACGGCUGCUGAAAAUGAGUUUGUGGUGCUGAAAAAGGAUGUGGAUGCUGCCUACAUGAACAAGGUGGACCUGGAGGCCAAUGUGGAUGCCCUGAAUGAUGAGAUCAACUUCUUAAAGACCCUCUAUGAGACGGAGUUGGCAGAGCUGCAGGCCCAGAUCUCGGACACCUCUGUGGUGCUAUCCAUGGACAACAGCCGCUCCCUAGACCUGGACAGCAUCAUUGCUGAGGUCAAGGCCCAAUAUGAGGAGAUGGCCAACCGCAGCCGGGCUGAGGCUGAGGCCUGGUACCAGACCAAGUUUGCGACCCUCCAGGCCCAGGCCGGGAAGCAUGGGGACGAUCUUAGCAACACCCGGAAUGAGAUUGCAGACAUGAACCGAGCCAUCCAGAGACUGCAGGCUGAGAUUGACAACAUCAAGAACCAGUGUGCCAAGUUGGAGGCCGCCAUCGCUGAGGCCGAGGCGCAUGGGGAGAUGACACUCAAGGAUGCACGUGCCAAGCAGGAGGAGCUGGAGAGUGCCCUGCAGCGAGCCAAACAGGACAUGGCCCGGCAGCUGCGUGAGUACCAGGAGCUCAUGAACGUCAAGCUGGCCCUGGACAUUGAGAUCGCCACCUACCGCAAGCUGCUGGAGGGCGAGGAGUGCAGGUUGGCCGGAGAUGGAGUGGGAGCCGUGAACAUCUCUGUGGUGAAUUCCACUGGUGGCGGCGGCAGUGCGCUGGCCUUUGGGGGAACCAUGGGCAGCAAUGCUCUGAGCUUCGCAAGCAGCGGGGGGUCUGGGUCCCUCAAGGCUUAUUCCAUCAGGACUUCGUCUGCCACCCGCAGGAGUACCCGCAACUGAGCCCUGGGUGUGGGGUCUCUAUGUUUGGGUGUGGGGUGUUUUUGUGUUCUGUGCUUGGGGACAUCCAUUCCUGAUGGGCAGAGGCACAUAUGAUGGGUACUGGGGAGGGGGUAGGAGGUCUCUGUGUCUGGACCCCCAGGGGGUGAUGAUGGGGCAUGAGUGGGAAGCCCCAUAGCCCCACCUACUGUUGUCGCAAGGGGACUCCCAUCUGUGGUCCUAAAAUUGCAAAGCAGUCUGAAAACUGAUGUCAGAAUAACUCCCAAUAAAGCAGCUUCUUUCUGAGGCCUGGAUGAGCCUCAUGCCCGGCA